AUGAGACUUAACAAAAUCCGUUCGGUGCCGAAAAAGUACAUAUUAGAUCGAUGGAGGAAAGACAUAAAAAGGACAUACACUCUUAUCCGAAAUAGUUAUGACAUAGUUGAUGAGAGGCCAGAAGUGAGUAGAUAUUCACGUAUCAUCAAGAGAUGUUAUCAGGUCGCCACGAAUGCAGCUUCAUCUGAUGAGCAUACUGAGGAUAUGGUAGCUAAGUUAGAUGCAAUGAACUUAGGCUACUUGAAUAAUAUGCCAUCUCAUCAACCUUGUUCGAACGUUGCAGUUACACUUGCCGCUACAACCACAACUGAGAGUUCUCAGAAAGUACUGAGUCCCCUUGUAGUGAGAGGUAAAGGUAGACCGCCAUCUCUGAGGAAGAAAUCAAUAAUUGAGAGAGUCAAACCCACAACGAAGAAGUCUACUCAAAAAGGAAAACGUAAACAGCCACAUGGAAGAGAAGGCGAAGUUGUUGGAACGUGUCGGAAUUUAUUUGGACAACCAGUUAUUGGGACACAACAAAGUGUAGCCGUUCAGCCGCCUCAAAACACUACCGACGACAUACACUUUAGUUCCACCGAGUUAGGUGUUGCAAUGAUUGAGACUCAAGAAAGUAUACCUAUUGAAGUGGAUGGAACCCAGCCUGAUAGCUUGCCACAGACACAAUAG